AUGGAAUGUAUUAUGUGGGGACAUAGAAUAGUAAUUCCCGAGUCAUUGCAAAAAGAGUUACUCGCGGAAUUGCAUAGCGCACACAUGGGAAUUGUCCGAAUGAAGGCAUUAGCUAGGUCAUAUAUUUGGUGGCCAAAAAUUGACCAAGAUAUUGAAAAUGUGUCAAGGACGUGCAAAUCGUGUUUGGAAAACGCGGAUAAUCCACCACGAUCAGUUUUACAUACUUGGGACUGGUCCGACGGGCCAAAUCAUCGCAUACACGCAGACAUUUUAGGUCCUAUUAAAGGCAGGGCGUAUCUUAUUAUUGUUGAUGCAUUUUCAAAAUGGGUCGAUGUAAAGGAAAUGACAAACAUUACGGCACCAGAGACAAUCAAAAUGUUCAGAGAAUAUUUUUGCACAUGGGGAAUAACUUUCAAAUUAGUGACCGAUAAUGGUCCUACAUUUACGUCAGAAUCAUUUUCGGAAUUUGUGAGAAAGAACGGAAUUCGUCAUAUCAAAACUGCUCCGUAUCACCCCGCAACCAAUGGGGCGGCAGAAAAUUCAGUGAAAACGUUUAAAACAAAAUUUAAAUUACUUCUGGCCAAAAAUGAUAGACGCGACUCUCUUAUGAAGUAUUUAUUUCAUUAUCGCUCUUCUCCUCAUUGCACUACCGGAGUGUCACCUGCGGAGCUACAAUGUAGUAGGAAAUUCCGAACCAGGUGGAAUUUGUUGAAAUCAAUGGUGGGGGAAAGAGUCACGCAAAGACAAAUCGAUCAAAAGCACUAUUUUCGCGGUAAUAGGAAAAUCACCUUUAUAAAUAAAGAGACGGUUAUGGCAAAAGAUUAUGCUUGCGAUAGGUGGCGUAAAUCGGAACUUGUCGAAAAAUUAAGUUCAGUAUCGUAUAAAGUUCGCACGGAGGACAGUAGGAUAUGGAAAAGACAUAUUGAUCAACUUCGUUCAGCCAAUGUACUAUUCGGGGUAGAAAAAUGUGAAAAUACGGGAAAUUACGAUGAGUGUUACGAUGAAGAUACCGUGGAAAACGUAGAAAGUAAAACCGACGUUGUAACUCAAAAGGAGAGAUCGUUGAAGAAUCGAAAUCUGUAA